AUCUCCCGCCGCGGAGCCGCCGCCGUCAGCCGCCGCCGUCAUGUCGGCCCCGCCGGGUCCCCUCACCCGGCUGCCGGUGCCCGGAUGCCGCCCAAGCUCGGCGGAGCAGCCUCUGGCCUGGCGCCGCCGCAGCAGAACGGUCCAGCACCGAGUCAAAUGCAAGUUCCUUCUGGGUAUGGGUUGCCUCAUCAAAACUAUAUGGCCCCCUCAGGACAUUACUCUCAAGGACCGGGGAAAAUGACCUCCUUGCCAUUGGAUAACCAGUGUGAUAGUUACUAUUCUCGUCCGUAUACAGUACCAACACAAAAUGUGGGGACUCCCAGCUCAGCAAGCCAACCAGGAGCACAGCAGAUGUAUGGUAGAGGUCCUCCUGCCCCUCACAUCGGGGGUUCCACUCCAGGAUCUUUCCAAGGAGCUCCGGCCUCAGCAUCCCAUUCAUAUCCGAGUGCCUCCCAGCCCUACUCCUCUUUCGGGAACCGCUACAGUAGUCCUGCCCCGUAUUCUGCCAGCUCUUCUGCUGCUUCUCAGGGAUACCCCUCUACGUGUAGUCAUUAUCCGAUCUCAACUGUGUCCAAUGUUGUGUAUCCUAAUGUUUCCUACCCCUCGCUGCCUGCCAGUGAGCCAUAUGGGCAAAUGUUUACCUCACAGAGUGCUCCGUCUGCCAGGCCAGUUAAAGAUUCCUAUUCUGGCCCAAGCACAGCUAUUACCUAUCCACCACUUAAAGAUUCCUAUUCUGGCCCAAGCACAGCUAUUACCUAUCCACCAGUUAAAGAUUCCUACUCUGGCUCAAGCACAGCUAUUACCUAUCCAUCACGACCUCCACCCCCACCUUCGCAGCAGCACCACCAGCCACAAAGUCAUUCAGGAUACAGUUCUGGACCGUGGUCAGCUCCUGGCCUUCCACCCACCCAAGACAAUCUCAUCCGAAACCAAAUGGGACCCCUGGCUCCAGCCAACAACCACCCAACAAAUAAUGAAAAUGUCCAGCCCCCCAAGUCCAGCUCCAUAGUGCCCACAGUCUUGCCAGGACCCUCAUCAGCAAGAAUGCCUCCUGCUCCAAGUCACCCAGUGGGGCCUAUGCCCUCAGCUCCACCACCCCCGGAGCCAAUCCAGACCAAAGGUGUCGACAGCUCUUCCACCACAAGCAGCGCCUCGCCCCUGCCCAACAGCUACGACGCCCUGGAAGGAGGCAGCUACCCAGAUAUGCAUUCUUCUUCAGCAAGUAGCCCUGUUCCUGAUCGUGCCCCGGAACCUAACCCCACCCUCGCCCAGGCUCUGUCUGCAGCCCCUGCUUCCACGGCUCCUCACCCCACAAAAGUAGCAAAGCCUUUUGGCUAUGGCUACCCGACUCUUCAGCCUGCUUAUCAGAACGCAGCAGCACCUCCAAGCUCUGGCGUACAUCCCAGUGGCCCGGCGUAUUCUGGAUAUCCUCAGCAUUACCCAGGUGUGAACCAGCUGUCCUCUGGUCUAGGAGGACUGAGUCUGCAGAGUUCUCCACAGCCAGAAAGCCUCAGACCUGUGAACCUCACCCAGGAGAAGAAUAUCUUACCUGCGACUCCUGUUUGGGCUCCCGUUCCUAACCUGAGCGCGGAGCUCAGCAAGUUAAACUGUAGCCCAGAUUCCUUCCGAUGCACCUUGACCAGCAUCCCACAGACACAGGCUCUGCUGACUAAAGCCAAGCUUCCCUUGGGACUGUUGUUGCAUCCCUUCAGAGACCUGACGGUAAAGUGCAUCCUAACUACUCGGGUUCCAGUACAUGUACACGGUCUCCAGACCUCUUUGUUUCCCAAGGAUGUUUGUCUUCUUGAGUGUGGUUGGAAGUGCAACCUCUGCUACAGGGUGAACGAUGUUCCUGAAGAGUUUCUGUAUAACCCCCUGACUCGGUCUUACGGGGAGCCUCACAAACGGCCGGAAGUUCAGAAUUCAACUGUGGAGUUCAUCGCUUCCUCGGACUACAUGCUUCGUCCUCCUCAGCCUGCAGUCUACUUGUUUGUUUUAGAUGUGUCCCAUAACGCAGUGGAAGCUGGGUAUUUGUCAGUUUUAUGCCAGUCGUUAUUAGAACACUUAGACAAGCUUCCUGGAGAUUCACGAACAAGAAUAGGAUUCAUGACUUUUGACAGCACCAUUCAUUUCUACAAUUUACAAGAAGGAUUAUCACAGCCUCAGAUGUUGAUUGUAUCUGAUAUCGACGAUGUUUUUCUGCCCACACCGGAUAGUUUGCUUGUGAAUCUGUAUGAAAGUAAAGAGCUUAUAAAAGACUUACUGAACGCAUUACCAAAUAUGUUCAUCAAUACUAGAGAAACACACAGUGCCCUCGGUCCUGCCCUUCAGGCUGCCUUCAAACUAAUGUCUCCCACGGGUGGCCGCGUGUCCGUAUUUCAGACGCAGUUACCUUCCCUGGGGGCAGGACUUCUGCAGUCCAGAGAAGAUCCGAACCAGAGGUCAAGUACCAAGGUGGUACAUCAUCUUGGGCCCGCCACUGAUUUCUAUAAGAAACUUGCUUUGGAUUGCUCGGGACAGCAGACUGCAGUGGAUCUCUUCCUUCUCAGUUCCCAGUAUUCUGACCUUGCUUCUUUGGCGUGCAUGUCCAAGUACUCUGCAGGGUGCAUAUUCUACUACCCAUCUUUCCACUCUACUCACAAUCCUUCACAAGCAGAAAAGUUACAAAAAGACCUAAAACGGUACCUCACUAGGAAAAUUGGAUUUGAAGCUGUUAUGAGAAUAAGAUGUACUAAAGGUCUUUCGAUGCACACUUUCCACGGAAACUUCUUUGUCCGCUCCACCGACCUGCUGUCUCUUGCCAACAUCAACCCUGACGCUGGGUUUGCAGUACAGUUGUCCAUUGAAGAGAGUCUGACGGACACUUCCUUAGUGUGCUUUCAGACAGCCCUGCUCUACACAUCCAGCAAAGGUGAGCGGAGAAUCAGAGUGCACACUCUCUGCUUGCCGGUGGUAAGUUCCCUCGCAGAUGUGUACGCAGGAGUGGAUGUGCAGGCUGCCAUCUGCCUUCUGGCCAACAUGGCUGUGGAUCGCUCGGUGUCCUCAAGCUUGUCGGAUGCCAGGGAUGCCUUGGUGAAUGCUGUGGUGGACCCCCUGUCCGCCUAUAGCUCGGCGGUGUCCAGUGUGCCGCGCUCCACCCUGACAGCACCAAGCUCACUCAAGCUGCUCCCGCUCUAUGUUUUGGCGCUUCUCAAACAGAAAGCAUUUAGAACAGGUACAAGCACACGCCUGGAUGAUCGUGUGUAUGCCAUGUGCCAGAUGAAGUCUCAGCCACUUGUUCAUCUAAUGAAAAUGAUUCAUCCCAACUUAUACAGGAUAGACAGACUGACAGAUGAGGGCGCCAUACAUGUUAAUGACAGGGUCGUGCCUCAGCCGUCGCUUCAGAAGCUGUCUGCGGAGAAGCUGACCAGAGAGGGAGCCUUCCUCAUGGACUGCGGCUCGGUUUUUUACAUUUGGAUUGGCAAAGGCUGUGACAAUAACUUUAUAGAGAAUGUGCUUGGGUACCCUGAUUUUGCAGCAAUACCACCAAAAAUGACACAUCUUCCAGAGCUGGACACGCUUUCAUCCGAGAGAACCAGAUCCUUUAUAACCUGGCUUAGAGACAGCCGACCGCUAAGCCCCGUCCUUCACCUGGUAAAAGAUGAGAGUCCCGCCAAAACAGACUUUUUCCAGCAUUUGAUUGAAGACCGCACGGAGGCUGCAUUCUCUUACUACGAGUUUCUGAUUCACAUUCAGCAGCAGAUUUGUAAGUGAAGUCCACCAAGUGAGUCCGCGUGGACCGCUCCACAGCCGGGUAAAGCACGAUCCAUCAGAGAAGCUCAGGAGACUUGACACGAGGUGGUGUUGGAAGACACGAUGCCCGUCACUGUGUCUGCAGCUUGGGCCAGAGAUAGGGAAGAGGGAGGGAGAGUCCCUCCAGGACUGCUGCUCACCCCGCGUGCCGAGUCGGUUUCUACGCAUCUGCAGGAGCGCAGCAGUGCAGUGCUCUUCUGAGCCGGCAGACUCCAUGACUGUGGAAGGACCUGCCACAGUCUCAACUAGAUAAAGUCGUCUUCUACAACUAACACAACAUUUCUGGACUUGAGCUCGGAUGAGAGAUGCCACAGGGCAGCGGUACUGUGUCACUUGUUUGUAUGAAUUACUUUUUAACAGGAAUGAUUCAUAUUCGUGAAAUGAAUUCAACAUUUCCCUGUAAAGGCACUAGACUUUCAGUCCGUGAACUAUAGGAAAAAAUAUAUAUAAUGUACAUAAGUGUUACAUUUGUAAAGAGAAUGUAAAAUGUAACUAAGAAUAUGAAUUGCUAAACUGUGGCAUUGUUGGAUGACACUCUUUGUCACAGCUAGGGAAUGAGGUUGACUAAUGCAUAUUAUGAAUUGAAUCCACAAAAGAAACACGAAACUAUUUGUAAUUCUGUUAAAUCUUUUAUGUGGCUUUAUUUAUGAUCAGCCGACUAAUUAAAAAUAUUUUGCUUGACAGUUG